GUAAUGUGUUUGUUGCUCGUAUAUGCUGCAAUACCUUCAACAAAAUGGCAACUCUACCAACUCUCUACGAAUACUACACAGGAGGUGGUAUAACACAGGGGCUGUCUGUAGAUCAACCGUAUUUCACAUUGAAUAAUAAAAACUUCACCCUGUAUGGUGGAUCCACACACUAUUUUCGUGUUCAUAGCGAUUAUUGGAGAGACAGGCUGAGAAAAAUGAGAGCAGCUGGGCUCAACACUGUCGAAACUUACGUACCAUGGAAUUUACAUGAACCAGAACCAGGGAAAUACGAAUUCGGAGCUGGAGGAACGGAUAUGCAGGAGUUCCUAGACAUCGAAAGAUUCCUCAAAACAGCUCAAGAAGAAGAUCUCUUCGUUAUCCUACGCCCUGGCCCUUACAUCUGCUCAGAAUUUGAAAACGGAGGCUUACCAAGCUGGUUGACGAGGAAAAAGGGCAUCCAUGUACGCACCUCUGACGAAAGAUUCAUGGAACAUGUCCGCAGAUACUUCACCACCCUUCUUACUUUGUUGACAGCCUUUCAGUUUACUAAAGGAGGACCAAUAAUCGCUGUCCAGAUAGAAAACGAGUAUGGCAGUACUGAUAAUCCAACUGGAAAUCCACCCUUCAAACCAGAUAAAGUGUACAUUGAGCAACUGAGACAACUCAUGAUAACCAAUAACAUAAAAGAGCUUCUGUUCACUUCAGAUAACCCUACACUACAUGGUGAUUUAGGUACACUUCCCAGUUUGUUCCAAACAGGCAACUUCAACUCGGACACAGAGGCCAAUUUCAAGAAGCUGAAGGAGUUGCAGUUCAACAAACCAUCCAUGGCGAUGGAAUACUGGCCGGGUUGGUUCGACCUAUGGUCAGAGAACCAUUACAUCGGAGAUGUCCUAGGCUACGCUAAUGUCUACGAUGAUAUCCUGAAAUACCCUGCGUCUGUGAAUUUGUACAUGUUCCAUGGCGGUACCAACUACGGCUUCUUGAACGGAGCUAUCAUGCGUUCUCUAGUUCAAUCUUCGUAUCAGCCUGUUACCACUAGCUACGAUUACGACGCACCUCUGACAGAAAGUGGGGAUUACACUUUGAAGUAUUCUCUGCUGAAGUAUCUUCUGAAUAAGUAUAAUCCUAUCAAGACCAAAUUACCAGAUAUGCCAGUCUCAUCAGGACCGAAAGCAUACCCAACUCUGAAAGUAAAAUACUCCCUUUCCUAUGAAGAUAUAGUUGCUCAAGCGCCGCAAACUAUAGACAGUGAAAAUCUUGUGGCUAUGGAAGACUUACCUAUACAUGAUAACACUGGUCAGAAGUAUGGUUACAUUAUCUACCGUAAAGAAUCCAUUACCAUCAACAAAGGAUCAACGCUCAGGAUCAAAGGAUAUGUCUUUGACUCUUUGAAUGUAUACGUUAAUAAUAAACUGAUCACUAGGAACGUCGUAGAUCUUGAUGGGUUUGGUUACUGGAGGCUCAAAGAUGGAAACAUUUCGCUGAGUUCGGACGAAAAAAUUGAGAAUGCAACUAUCGACUUGGUGGUUUGUAAUAUGGGUAGGCACCAUUAUGGUUUGGUGAAUCCCAUUGAACAGCUCAAAGGGCUAUGGCAAGGCGUUUUGUUAGAUGACGAAGAGAUAGUCAACUGGAAGAUAAUGCCACUGGAAUUCUCUAGAACAUGGAACAAUAAUCUAGUAGGUUGGCGCGAAUCAGAUAGCUCGGAGAGUCCUUCAGUUAGUGCUGGAUUGAACAAAUUCGAAUUGGAACUUGAGGAGAAGCAUGAUACUUAUAUCGAUAUGAGCGGAUGGAAUAAAGGGAUUGUUAUUGUGAAUGGCUUCGUUUUGGGUCGAUAUUGGAAAGUUGGUCCGCAGCAGAGCUUGUAUCUUCCAGCUCCUCUGCUCAAGAUUGGGAAUAAUGAGAUAAUUGUGUUUGAAGAGUUCUUCCCGAAGACAGAAUUAGCUUUCUCUAAAGUUCCCAUCUACUUCAACAAUAUGACGAAUGAACUUGCAUGAAUUCUUCCGUGAAUGAAACAUAUCAUUCCGAAUUUUACUUAUGCUGAUUAUUUAUAUUAUUAACUGCAUUACCAAAAUAAAAAAUGAUACAUAAAAAAUCGAUAAGGUUUCAAUAAAAGUUUCAAAAUUUCAUAUUAUAUCUUCUUUAGUUGCGGAUACAUUAUUCAUCAACCAUAACCAACCACAUAUAAUUCCUAUGAUAAUUGGAGAACUUACCAAUGUCAUAUCAGGUCUAGUUCCAUGAAGAAGUGCAUAGAUUGUGAAAAUGCCAUGUACAUCACAAAUAAUCCACAAUGUAGGUACCUACAUCUUUCACACAUCAUUGAAUUAUUUCUAAACGAAUAAAUUGUAAAGUAUUUUCAAUAGUGACUUUGUAUUUUUGCAUCAAAAGCGAAAUCAACGAACUAUUCGUGAUGAUAUAAAUGUUUUAUAGCAGUCAGAAAUAAUGUACAGGGUGAGUAAGAAUAAGAUCG